UGAUAAUCCACUGACAACUUACCUUGAAAUUACAGUGAUGCACGGUGAGCGUACCAAGCGAGCAAACAAUAGAAACUAGCUCAUCUGCAGAUGUAUGUCAGCAGUGCGGGGAACAUGGAACACGGCAAUUAAAAAAUAAUAAAAAACAUAAAGGGCAGGCUGGGGCUCACCACUCCCGCUCAGAAUAAUUUCCACUCUUCCUCCACGGUGUGCUGCUGGUGUGGACAUUGAUGGCCAAAAAAAAAAAUAGAUGGCCUCGCUUACCCUGCCGCGGCACCGGGCCGCACCCAGAAUACCGGGCCGCACCCAGAUUCUGGCCCCGCAGUCCAGGGCCAUCGAUAGCCAAACACCCACCAAGUCCGGACACAGGCCCUGUGAUCUCGCAUAAAAAAAAAAUAACCGCCGCCCCAAACCCAGCAUGUCUCUCUCCGCAGCAUGUGAUGACUUGCUCGCGCUGGGGCUCCUCCAGCACGAAUACGGUAUCCCCACACUAUGGCCACGCACGGCCCCCGUGGUGCAGAAACCUGACCUUGAAGCGGAGUACUAUGCCUUGAACCAGACGUUGGCCACACGCGUCAACAGGGUGGUUUUCUUGAACAAAAUCGCAGAGCUACGCCAGGCAGACCCGCAGGCCGUCGGCGAAACGUAUGCCGAGGCCUUCCGCUCGGGCGUGGUCGCCCACAUGUCGUUUGCCGAAAAAGAGCGCCAUUUGCAAGGCAUGGCCGCGUUCAAAACGGCCGAGUUGACCGCUGGUUUCCUCGCCGCGGCGCUCCCGGUCCUCCGGUCCAUAUACCAGGAUAACCUGGCGCUCACAGACGCCGAGUUCACCAUCUUGAACAACCUCAAGAAACUCUACUCGCACUACAACGAGCACCCAGCCAACAUCCAGCGGCUCUUGGCAGAGUACAACACGCAGAAAGCGGCUGUUGGCGCCGAGAUCCGUGCCCACAGACAAAUCCACGAUUUCUUGGCCACAGACUUGACUCCCAAUCUCGCGGAGCUCGAGGCGUUGAACAACGAGUACUUGGCCUUGCAAAACACCUACGACAACAAGCUCGGGGCACGAGAAACGGGCUCCCUGGACCCGCUGCUACAGAAACUCAAGCAGGCCUGUCUCACGCUCUCGCGGCGGUUGACCCGACUCGGCACUCUCUGUGAGUUCCUACCGAACUUGGUGCUCUGCCAGGCCUCCAACUGGUACGCAGACAAGGCGUUGUUGGCUGUGGUGCAAGAAUGCCAGGACCUCGCCGAAACGCUCGCGGGCUUCCCGGACGCCAGAGAGCUCGGGCUGGCCGACGAGAUCUUGAAGGUGGACUUUGCCGGGCUCGACUUGUAGGCCCGCAUCCAGGGGAAAUGGUCCAUCGUUA